AUUGGAACUUCCUGGAUAUUGUUAGGACAUGUCCAUCCGUGAGCGUCAAGGGAAGCAACAGGCAGGAAAGAAGCUCUGAUGGCAUCCGGAAAUGAUGAAAAAGUUCUCGGCUCUCCUCCUCAAAAAAAAAAAAAAAAAACUUUAGGACGUCAGACACAUCUGCGCGAAGUCAAAGUUUGGACACUGCAGCCAGCCACAGUCACUAACUUUCCUUUAAAAGUUUAUUAUUACUCGUUAUUUUCGCCCCCUUCCAGCAGGGAGAAAGAGCCAGAAGAUGGGAAUACGUCAGAUUUGAGGCGAAGGAGAUGACAUGUUUUGAAAGGCUGAUGAGGUGACUUUUUCGCCCAGAAAGAGGAGCUUAAACAGCGGCGAGACCCACUUAAGACUGACGGUCUCAUGUCCACGGAGACCGUCCAUCCUGCGGGUGGGCCAGCGGGGCCAGUCAGGAGCCCACAGCCGGAGACGAGCCCCCUGCUGCUCGACAUCACCCACGAUGCCUCUGUUGCCAAUGUAUCGGGACCGUGUUCCAGUCUUCCUGUGACCCAGGAAGAUCACUGUGGGCCUAUAAGAACUCAACCUCACGCCGAUAAAAGCCCAACUGGCAAACCAGGUGACCUCACCGCCAGCAAAUGCACGUGUGCCAACGGCGGGAGAACGACAUCAGCGUCAGCAGCACCGACAACCAAGCAGCCGUCCACGCCGGUUUCGCAGAGGAUGCAGCGAAAGUUGAGGUCGAGUCUGUCAGUGGACAGCGACAGCAGCCGACCCAGCAAGGGGAGCUCAAUGGGAUCGCAGAAACAGCCUUUACCAGAAGACUGCUGCGUCCACUGCAUUUUGGCGUGCCUCUUCUGCGAGUUCCUGGCGCUCUGCAACAUGGUGGUGGCGCCGGCGUCAUGCGGCCCGUGCGCUUCCGAAGCGUGCUGCUGCUGCUGCUGCGCCGAGGACGUGGGCGAGGACUGCUGCAACUGCCCCUGCGACAUGGACUGCGGCAUCAUGGACGCCUGCUGCGAAUCGUCGGAUUGCUUGGAGAUUUGCAUGGAGUGCUGCGGCAUCUGCUUCCCCUCGUAGGGAACCCAAAAAAACAGCCUGCCUGGAUGGACGGCAACGGGGGAAAAACUGUUUGUGUCUGUGAUUGUGGUGUGAUUGUGUACUUUGUAUGAUGUUUACAGACACUGGGAUUCACCAAAAGUAGACGUAACUCCAGAAAUGCUAGAAGUAUGUUCCUAUACAACCCUCAACAAAAUCUCUUCUGUCAGACAUUUCCACUCUCAUGACCUUCUGAUGGCAAAGGCAAAACACCUUUCUGCCUUUGAACUGUGUCAUUUAGACUGAAUGCAACCUUUUACACACAUAAAGACGGAGAUGGAACUUUGUCUUUGAUUCUCUCCGCUGUGGUUGUUGCUUCCUGCUUCUGGAUUGCACCAUCACAUUGAUCUGCUCAUUAUUGGUGGUGUUGGGAGCGGAAUAUUACCGUUAUCUACCAUCUGUCCCUCUACCCCGUCUGUCUCUCUCAACCCCACCAGUCGAGACAGACGGUCGCUCCACAGAGCCUGGGUUCUGUUCCCUCGAGGCGGUUUUUCCUUGCUUGUUCAUGUAGGUUUCAGUUGACUAUCUUUAAUGUAUGAGCAACAUUGUUCUAGACCUGCUCCAUGUGUAAAGUACCUUGAGAAAACUACCCAAGGGUCCUUAGUGAUGCCCAAUUACACUGACGGGCGGCGUGGCUCAGUUGGUGGAGUCUCCCAACCUGAAGGUUGUGUGUUCGAUCCUCUGUGUUUACCGUGGGCAUGUCGAAGUAAACUUGGGCAAGAUACUGAACCCCCACUUGCUCCUGAUGCUGUGUCAUCAGUAGGUAAAUUGGACGUGGAAAAAGCGCUGUACGAGUGAAAGACCAUUUACCACUUCAGAUGAACCCCCAUACGGAAUAAGACGGAACGCUACAUCUUCAUAUCUGCAAUUUAGUUCAGGAGUGUAUUAUCCAGCAUUUUUUCAUAAUGUUUUUCUGUAGAACACUGUAAAAUGUGACUGUUCAUGGACACAUCUAUUGUUAUGCUGCAUAGAAAUGGAAUUUCAAGGAAUGAAAAACAAAAAAAAGUAAAGUCCCCCGACUCUCAGUACAAUAACUUGUACAAUAACUAUUGUCAACUAAUGAAGUUUAAGUCAUGUCUUAUUGUUAGCAAACAAUGUGCUGUCAUGUGACACUAUCGCGGGAAACAUACAUUGUGUACAUUUCUGCUAAAUUUAUGUAAGAUUUUAAAUUGUAAUUUUCCAUUCCUUCAUACAGUUUGUUGUAGCUUUGGGAAAACACUAUAAAGGCAAUGUGAACAUAUACAGUGGAACCUUGGUUAGUGUCCGCCCUGGUUAGCAUGUUUUUCAGUUAACAUUGAAAAUAUAUGGAACAUUUCUACCUUGGUUUGCGUACAUUUUCCAGUUAACGUACCCUAUGCUACGUGUCUUUCCAUGUUGCGAAUACACUGCAUGAGUCCAACUGUUCUUAGCGUAUUUUUUAAUCACAUGUUCUUCUGGAACGGAUCAACUGGAUUUGCAUUAUUUCUUACGGUAAAAAUUGAUUUGGGUAAUGUUUGUUUUGAUUAGAGUCGGACCUCCUGGAAUGAAUUAUAGACGCUCACCAAGGUUCCACUCUUUAUAUAUUUAGCUACAGAAGUUCUUUUUUAUUUCACGAUUUACUCUUUCACAUCGUUUAUUUGAUCUCUUUUUGUACAUUGUGUUCAUUUAACAGUAAAUGUCACAAUAAAGUAGCAUUUUGUUUCCUUCA